AUGGCGAACGAAAGUUGUGAUCUGGUCUUAAAUUUACAGUCUUCUGGCGAUUCAGAACGUGGCCAUUUAUUCUGGAAUACUUCGUCAGUGGAAAUGAAGUUCUCGGUCGAAAGACAGUGGAUAAAAGCCGUACGCAAAGCCAAAAGGAAACCAAAUUAUGGCAUGUUAAAUAUGGACUCGCAACUGGAAGAAGUUGUUGGAAACAAGCUCGAAUUGGUUGGCCCGAUGAUCGACUCAUACCUACACGAAAUUGGGCGGUCAAUGAAAUGCAAGCUGUCCAUGUCUAAAGCAACUGGGUUGGUGAAUCCGGUUAGUUUGUUUAUCCCUUGGUCAGUGUUUCGACACGUACUGGUUCUGGUUCGAGGAUAUUCGGGAGAUGUGCACUCUCAAGGCAAGGGAUCAAAACAUGUCCUGACAUUAACCAAAAUGGAUUCUCUUAGGAAGUUGUUUUCGCCAUCUCGUUUCUCAGGGGAAACUUUCUUUGCUCAAAGGCACUUCAAAAGAGUUACAAGACAUUGGUGCGUCCAGACCUGCGAUAAAAGGGCUCGGAAGCUAUUUAACCUCGCGAUACCAAUUUGUGUGAAUAAAUACAACUCUGUUGACCAAACUACCUGUUAGUUCUGGCGUUCCACAAGGGAGCAUCCUUGGCCCAUUACUCUUUAACAUCUACGUUAAUGAUCUCCCUUCUGUGCCAGAAAAUUGUACAUCGCAGUGUUACGUCGACGAUACCAAACUUCUCAUGUCAUUUCAACUCCGCGAUCAGCACGAAACGAUAGAAAAAAUGAACAAGGACUUGUUAAGCAUUAGGAAUUGGUGCUUUGAUAAUCAGCUUUUACUCAACCCAGAUAAAACAAAACUAGUGAUAUUCGGCAGCCGGCAAAUGACUGCUAAGGUUAGCGACUUUAGGCUAUUUCUAUUGGGGAAGGAACUCGAGCCCGUUAAGGCUGCAAGAGACCUUGGUGUCACACUGGACUCUAACUUAACAUAUAAUGAGCAUAUUGUUUCUACUGUAUCCUCAUGCAUGUCACGUUUGGGCCAAGUUAACCGCGUUAAGCAUAUUUUUAAUAAACGCGCUAAUUAUUAUUAUAAAUGCCUUAGUAUUUAGUAAAUUAUUCUAUUGCUCUUCUGUUUGGAGCAAUACUACUCAAACUAAUCUGGACAAGCUCCAAGCAGUACAGAAUUUCGCUUUGUCGUAUUUUUGAGCGGCGCUAAAAAAUUCGAUCACAUAACUCCUUUGCUAAAAGACUUGCGCUGGCUACCAAUCAGGCAACAACUUUAUUUUCGUUUUGCUGUUCUGGUUUUUAAGUGCAUGACGAGUUGUGCUCGGAGUAUUUGACAUCAAAGCUCGUUGGAAGAUCCGCUGUCUCGACAAGGAAUACAAGAAAUUCUCAACUUUUGAACAUACCACUCUUCCGCACUGCCAGCGUAAAGGACCUUUCAAUAUAGAGCAACCUCUCUCUGGAAUGAGUUGCAGCCUGCGCUCAAACUUAGCCCAUCCGUGACGGAAUUCAAGUGUUUACUCAGGCAAAAGCUUCUUAAUGACUGCUUUAUUUAAUUAAUUUAAUUAAUUUUAUUGACCUUUGUCUUCUUUUAUCAUUGUUAUAUUCUUAUUGUCAUGUACUUGGUUUAUAAUUUUGUAAUGUAAAAUUGACUCUGAAAAGCCCCGUGGGGACGAGCCAAUAAAGUAUGUAUGUAUGUAUGUAAGAGUUCCAUCCAAGGCUGGUGGUAAGACUGAGUCUAUUUACAAUGGAAGGUCUACAAUUGUUGUCACAGAGUCAACUCCAUUCUGCAUGACCUAUGAUAUGAAGACGCAGCGUGUCACAGUGACAUUUUAUAUCCAGAGAUACACAGCUGAACACUUUGUAAUGGACUCAAGCCUUCAAGCACUAAUGAAUGGUUGA